AUGGAGGUACUGAUGGCAGAACGGCCCACUCAGGUCUUUCACAAUAAAGUGAUAGAUGGAACUGCCAUGAAACGGCUUAUUAGUCGAUUUAUUGAUCACUAUGGAAUAGGAUAUACGUCACAUAUCCUGGAUCAAGUAAAGACUCUGGGUUUCCGACAAGCUACCGCCGCAUCCAUUUCAUUAGGAAUUGAUGAUCUUUUAACAAUACCUUCUAAAAGAUGGCUAGUUCAAGACGCUGAACAACAAAGUUUUAUUUUGGAAAAACACCAUCAUUAUGGGAAUGUACACGCGGUAGAAAAAUUACGUCAAUCGAUCGAAAUAUGGUAUGCCACAAGUGAAUAUUUGCGACAAGAAAUGAAUCCUAAUUUUCGGAUGACCGAUCCUUUUAAUCCAGUCCAUAUAAUGUCUUUUUCGGGAGCCAGAGGAAAUGCAUCUCAGGUACAUCAAUUAGUAGGUAUGAGAGGAUUAAUGUCGGAUCCUCAAGGGCAAAUGAUUGAUUUACCCAUUCAAAGCAAUUUACGCGAAGGACUGUCUUUAACAGAAUACAUUAUUUCUUGUUACGGAGCCCGUAAAGGGGUUGUGGAUACCGCUAUCCGAACAUCAGAUGCAGGAUAUCUCAUGCGCAGACUUGUUGAAGUAGUUCAACACAUUGUUGUACGUCGAACAGAUUGUGGCACCGUUCGAGGUAUUUCUGUAAGUCCUCGAAAUGGAAUGAUGACGGACAGGAUUUUUAUCCAAACAUUAAUUGGCCGUGUAUUAGCAGAUGAUAUAUAUAUAGGUUCGCGAUGUAUUGCUACUAGAAAUCAAGAUAUUGGGGUUGGACUUGUCAGUAGAUUCAUAACUUUUAGAGCACAACCAAUCUCUAUUCGAACCCCCUUUACUUGUAGGAGUACAUCUUGGAUUUGUCAAUUAUGUUAUGGCCGGAGUCCAGCGCAUGACGACCUGGUCGAAUUGGGAGAAGCCGUAGGUAUUAUUGCAGGUCAAUCUAUUGGAGAACCGGGCACUCAAUUAACAUUAAGAACUUUUCAUACCGGCGGAGUAUUUACAGGGGGUACUGCAGAACAUGUGCGAGCCCCUUCUAAUGGAAAAAUAAAAUUCAACGAGGAUUUGGUUCAUCCGACACGUACACGUCAUGGACAUCCUGCUUUUCUAUGUUCUAGAGACUUGUAUGUAACUAUUGAGAGUGAAGAUAUUAUACACAAUGUGUGUAUUCCGCCCAAAAGUUUUCUUUUAGUUCAAAACGAUCAAUAUGUAGAAUCAGAACAAGUGAUUGCUGAGAUUCGCGCGAGAACCUCCACUUUGAAUUUGAAAGAGAAGGUUCGAAAACAUAUUUAUUCUGACUCAGAAGGCGAAAUGCACUGGAAUACUGAUGUGUACCAUGCACCUGAAUUUACAUAUGGUAAUAUUCAUCUCUUACCAAAAACAAGUCAUUUAUGGAUAUUAUUAGGGGAGCCCUGGAGAUACAGUCUAGGCCCUUGUUCGAUCCACAAGGAUCAAGAUCAAAUGAACGCUUAUUCUCUUUCUGUCAAGCCAAGAUAUAUUGCUAACCCCUCAGUAACUAAUAAUCAAGUGAGACACAAAUUUUUUAGUUCGUAUUUUUCUGGUAAAAAUCAAAAAGGAGAUAGGAUUCCUGAUUGUUCAGAAUUGAAUCGAAUGACAUGUACGGAUCAUUCUAAUCUCAGAUAUCCGGCCAUUCUCGACGGUAAUUCUGAUUUAUUGGCAAAGAGGCGAAGAAAUAGAUUCAUCAUCCCACUCGAAUCGAUUCAAGAAGGCGAGAACCAACUAAUACAUUCUUCAGGUAUCUCAAUGGAAAUACCCAGAAAUGGUAUUCUCCGUAGAAAUAGUAUUCUUGCUUAUUUCGAUGAUCCUCGAUAUAUAAGAAAGAGCUCGGGACUUACUAAAUAUGAGACUCGAGAACUAAAUUCAAUCGUCAACGAAGAGAAUUUGAUUGAGUAUCGAGGAGUCAAGGUAUUUUGGCCAAAAUACCAAAAGGAAGUAAAUCCAUUUUUUUUAUUCCCGUGGAAGUCCACAUUUUGUCCGAAUCUUCUUCCAUAA